AUGGAAUCAAUAAUACAGGAUAUAGUAGCAGCAAAAUCAGUAGCGUUUACUGUCGACAAGGAAGCCUCAAAACUUCAGUGCAAAAAGAUUGCGAAGUCAAUGAAGCAAUCCAACGCGAUGGCCGCUGUUAUACCGCAAGGUCAGUUUCACAUCGCCAAUCCCGAUAGAAAGUGCGUUCUCGCUACGUCCAUCAUAAAGUACUUCGAGAAAAGCAUAGCCGAGAUUGUGAGAUUCGCCAAACGCAUUCCGGGCUUUACAGACUUGCCCAUGGACGAUCAGGCAAACCUUAUUCGAGGAGCCAGGAUUGAGUGUGACUUCAUCAGUGGGAUUGUGAUAGAUCCUGACUCAAUGAUCACAAUGUCAGAGGACGGUGAAUGGUUCACCCCAGAAGAUAUCGCCACCAUUUUCACCAUUGACUUCUGGAUGGAGCAUGCGAAAAUGUCACGCAAGAUCGACCAGAUGAAAAUGACCAGAGAAGAAGUGGCUAUUCUGAAAGCGCUGACUGUCUUUUCCCCAGAUCGUUGCAUCAUUUCUGAGACAUCUAAAGUAUCGAACAUCCAAGACACGCUGCUGAGGUGCCUAAAUUAUCAAGUGAGCAAGAGUUAUAAACGUCCGGCUGUGAGACUGGGACAAUUGUUUGCACUUCUGACUUCCCUCAGAUCGAUAACGGACGCGGGUACGAAAGAACUUAGGAAAAUGUUUAUUGAGUUUCCAUCUAUGACAAAGGGAAGUAUUGCUGAGGAAGUAAUGGAUGAAUAA